AUGGUCACCCGAACCCCGCAUCUGAUCAACCUGCUCCGGGGCUGGCCCUCGCCGUCCCUCUUGCCGGCAGCCGCGCUCACAGCAGCAGCAGCCCGGGCCCUCUCCGACCCGACCAUCUCCGUCCCCGGCCUCCAGUACGCGCCCGACCCCGGCUUCCAGCCGCUCCGCGAGCAUCUCGCCGCGUGGCUGGCCCGGUUCUACGGCGCAGCGCCCGAAGCCGACGGCAUCUGCAUCACCGGCGGCGCCAGCCAGAGCCUCGCCAACAUGCUCGCCAGCUUCACGGACCCCGGCUUCACGAGGGCCAUCUGGAUGGUGGCGCCCUGCUACUUCCUCGCCUGUCCCAUCUUCGAAGACGCAGGCUUCGGCGGCCGUCUGAGGGCGGUACCCGAGGACGACGACGGCGCCAAUGUCGAGGUGCUGGCGCAGAAGCUCCAGGAGCUCGACGAAGCCUGGGAGCGCGACGGCCGAGGCGCCAAGGACCUGAAGAAGGGCGCGCACCGCAAACUCUACAGACACGUCAUCUACCUCGUGCCCACGUGCGCCAACCCCUCCGGCAAGACGCUGCCGCUGCGGCGGCGCGAGGCCCUCGUCCGGCUGGCGCGCGCGCACGACAUGGACACGGCACCUGCCGGUGCCGCCGCAUGGCACCGCCUCUGCGCCCGCGCCGUUCCCGCCGCGCGAUCCGCUCCUGCGCCUGCCGCGCCUGCCCCCUUCGGCCACGCCGUCUCGAACGGGUCCUUCUCCAAGAUUGUGGCGCCGGGCGUGCGCACGGGCUGGGUGGCGGCCACGCCGGCGUUCGCGUACGGGCUGAGCCAGACGGGGGCGAGCUGCAGCGGCGGCGCGCCGAGCCAGCUGGCGGCCGUCAUGGUGUGGGAGCUCCUGCGGUCGGGCGAGCUCGAGCGGCGGCUCGUCGAGGAGUCGAUCCCGCAGCUGCGGGAGCGGCAUCGGCGGGUGCUCGAGGCGGUGGAGGCGCUCCUUGUGCCGCUGGGCGUUGCCGGCGUCAGGGGGGCGGACGUCGCGGACAGGGGCAGGGAGCUUGGUGUCACUGUUGGUGCCGGGGAAAGGUUUGAGGUCGCGGGGGAUGAAGAUGGCGCUCGGUUCGAGAGGGAGGUCCGCAUCUGCUUCUCGUGGGAGGAGGUUGAGGACGUUGUCGAGGGGGUCAGGAGGCUGAGCCAUGCCGUGAGGGAUGUGCAACAGGGCAAGUUUGUGGCUGGACGCAGGGUUGAUGCGACGUACAUUGAGAAAUGA